UCUGGGUGCAAGGUGGCGACAGAAGGCUUUCGAAUUUGACAGAUGUCAAAAUUUGUAGAUAUACCAGAAAAAACUGAUUCUGCAACUGAUAUUCCGAAAUUAUGUGAAUUUAAAGAUCCAACCGAUUUGUGAUCAUUCUAAUAAUGGAAAACUCUUCUGUAGUAAUAUGUAAUUUCUUUUGAUAUUUAAUCAACUCAAAAUAAAUAACUUGGAUCUGAGAAAAAUUUUGCAAACACCUGCUCGAUAAAUAUUCUCCAAGAUUUGGAAUUCGAAAAUAUUUGUCAGGAACAUCGGUACUAGGCAACCACAAAUUUCAUACACCCAUGUAAUUAAUUUGAGGUACAGUUACCAUAGUUACGUAACCUGUGGUAUUGUCUAUCCUCUAACAUCUGAUGUCUGGGUCAGGUGAUGUUUAUUUUUCACUCUACCUUCGAAUUAAUUCAUCAUUAUGGCCAAACCCAAAAUAACAAUAUUGGAGAAAUUGUGUGAAGACAGUUUCACCCAUGAUAACGAAACAUUAAGCCAUAAACGAGUUGCGGGGCAGUGUGAGAGUGAUGACACCAAAGGUGACGCUGACUCGCAAACUUCUGGAAUUUUGAAUCCUGUAAAGGAGGAUUUUUUACAAGCUGAUUCACACCAUUCUUGUGAAUCUGAGGUUAUUGACAUUAUAAAUACAACGGAAGUGGAAGAAAAUCAAAAGGACAUUGCAGAUAGAAAAUUUGAUUACGAGACAGAAUCAUUUUACUCAUAUGAUUCUUAUAAAGGAUCUGAAAUGACAAAUGUAACACCAAGAUCAUCGUUAAGUGAAUGCUCGUCACUUCUACAUUCUGCAGGUAUGAAGUAUGCUGGACAAAAAUUGAACAUGAUCGAUGGUAGGAAUAUUGGAAACCAGCAUAAGAAUAUAGAUGGUGAAGAAUUGUCUCUACUGGCCCAUGAAAUGAAGUGCUUGAGAGAGAAGAGACAAGCAGUUAUGCCAGAGAGCCAACGUACACCCAAUGGUAGAAGAAACAUGAGUUUUUCAAAUGAGGAAUUACGAAAAAUUGAAAAAGACAAUCAGCUAUUGCUGAAAAAAAUAAUGUCUCAUCAAAAGCCACAAGUCAGAACCACGAAGCCAGUAUCUGGACCCCCAAGAACUAGUAGCUCAGCCAUCAACAGAAGGAAGCAACAGAAAAAAAUUGAAGAAGAUAACAUGAUGCUGCUUAGAAGAAUACAAAGCGCCAAGUCUUGUGCCAUCCCCAGAGGUACACCAUCUGGUUGUAGGUUGAGGAUGUGAUAAACAUUGUGGAACAAUUUAAGAUUUCAUAACACUCUUUUUUGGUCUGUAAAUAUCCACUCACACAUUAUGAGCCUCAUGGAACUUUGGAUAAAAUUAUAUCGAUUCGCUAAAUGUCCACAAUUUUUGAUACAGUAUAUAUCCCAACUAUACUGGUAUUCUGUUUCCCAUAUUAAUGAUAAAUCAAUAAACUCUAUUUAUUCUCGUAAAAAAUUGUAUGCUUCUUACUCACACAUGUGAAGAGUGUAGAGAGUAAACCUUAAAUUUAUAGAAUUUUUUUUAUUCAAAAACAAGGAUGAGCAGUCUUACAAAAAUGUUACAAUAGAGAGAUUCCACUGUUUUAUUGUAAAAGACAGGGCACGAAAAAGUCGAAUGAAAAAAUUUAUUGAUCGAGUUAAAACACUUACAAUCAUAAUUGGGAUUGAAUGAAAGAAAGAAAUGACACAUCUGUAUGUCAAUUUAGCUAUCAAAAUUUAAUUUACUCUGAUGGUUCGGUUGAAUAUGUUUGAAUAGAAAAAAUUCACACACUUGCUUAGGACUAUUGUUUGUUGCGCUGUUAUGAUAAUUACCUAAAGAUAUAAUAAUAUAGUAGUGACUACGAAAAUGUGGAAACUCAAAGCAUGUGUCUAGUUAAAGUCAUAACAAUAUGUCGUCAAAAUAAUCUACUUAGGUAUUUACAGUUAACGCAGUCAUCUAUCACAGAUUCAUUUGGUGAUUUGGACUUGACAAAAUUGAUCGGAAAAAAAAAAUCUUAUUAAAAUUGGGAUUACGCUCAAAAUACACAUCUUAAUUGUGUAACGAGUUGUAGGCUGAAUAGUAAUAUUCACGAUACGCAAACGCUAUUGACAUCGAAACUUGUUAUGCAGUUGUAAUCAGAGUAGUGCAGAAGGAUGAUAAUAAUAAUAAUAUUCAAAGCCUUUAUAAAAAUCCAUUAUUUUCUAUUAAUGCAGGAUGUCAGCUGAAGGGCUAUAGAAUCUGUCCAAACAAUUGAUAUUCUUUAAUGACAAAAGUUUGUCCAUGUAUAACGGUGAACUUUUAUUUCAUCAUUAUCAAAGUUGGACAGUAAAACUUAUUAUCCAUUUGCAGGUCAGCAGCAAUUAUUCGUCAAGUUUGGUUCAAAGUAAAUAAUCGAAAGAGACAACAUAAGUGUCGUUAUAGCGCAAAACGUUGUUCAUAGAUUCAAUAGCCGGUUUGACAUGUAUCAUAUUUGUAAAUGUUUUAUUACGAACUAACUAAUAAAAAAUCAAGAGAAAAUAACA